AUGUGGGCCGGAUCUGUGACGAUCCGUCAUUGUGGUGAAAUUAGGGUUUUAGUAUUAGUUAAGUCUCCAUAUAAGUUGUUCCCAUUUUCUUCCUCCUCCUUUCCGCUGCUGCCGUCUUCGUCUCUGAGUGAUGAGGCUGCCCCUGCUGUUGUUCCUCCCGUUGCUGAGCCAGCGGCCAUUCCAGAGGACAUGGACCUAAUGACUGCAGUGGAGUUGACUCUUAGGAAGGCUCGUGCCCAUGGCGGUGUGGUUCGUGGUCUUCAUGAAAGUGCUAAGCUUAUUGAGAAGCGUGUCGCUCAGCUCUGUGUCUUGGCUGAAGACUGCAACCAACCUGACUAUGUGAAGCUUGUUAAAGCUCUCUGCGCUGAUCACAACAUCAAUUUGCUAACUGUUCCAAGUGCCAAGACCCUCGGCGAAUGGGCUGGUCUCUGCAAGAUUGAUUCCGAGGGUAAUGCCAGGAAGGUUGUUGGAUGCUCAUGUCUUGUAGUCAAGGACUACGGUGAGGAGACCACUGCACUCAGUAUCGUGAAGAAGCAUAUUGAAUCUAACUAA